AUGUUAAAGCAUAAGAAACAAACCCUGGGUCGAGCCGAGAAAAGAAUAAUCAAACGAGUUUAUGCGAAGCCACCACCCAGCGAUGACUGGGACGUUCUAAGAUUCCUACAAGAGAUGGAAUUUGGUGAGAAUGCCGAGGAGGUUGCCUCAUGUUUCGAAGAUUGGUCGGACUUCAUAUCUUCCGAUUAUGAGGAUGUCCAACGUGUGGAGAUGGCCCCGGAGCAGCGCAGGAAACUACUCGUGUAUCUACGCAAAUUCAACCAUGGUGUUUGGCCACUUGAAGAAUAUCAGGAGCGGUUCAAGGGAACUCCGUUGGAAAAUGAAGGGAAGCCCUGGACGGAAGAAGACGAUAAGAAGCUCGUCGAGUUGGCGGAGGUUUAUGAUAUCAAUUUCGGUGACCCCUGGAUAUAUCUCAGUUGGGAGCUCCAACGGCCGAGAGAGGACGUUAUAAACCGGUAUAUGACGAAGGUUAAGUUCCCUCAACAACGUCUUUCGAAAUGCGAACUUGCCAUCACCAAAUCAGCUCGUCCUUUGAUGAUGAGCCGAAGAUUCCCG